AUGAAGCUUGAUGGUUCUGACACCGACAAGCGCCAUAAUAACAAUCUCGGGUUAGCUCUUCCCCGUGGAUCUCAGCUGGAUUUGUCGCUUACUCGUCUUUGGAUUUUAUCGGGAGACUUUUCAUUCAUUCUGAGGCGCUCUUUUGGUAUGACAGACGUUCUAAUGAGACGUCUUCGCGAGGUCUUUAAAAGUGCACUGAAAGAUAUUGGACUGCUGGUUCGAUUCGUUGUGAACCUAUUUGGUUCACCGGAAGAGAUACCGGAAAGAAUUCUGGCCAUCACUCCCCGGCAAGAAGUCAAUGGGUGGCCUGAGGGUAUGCAGCCCCCGACUGAAUGGUGUCAGUCACAGCUUUCAGUGCGUGCAGCUUAUUAA